CCUUUUCUCCAUUUUCCUCAAUUCCAAUUUUUUUCAUUCUAUUCAUUCUCACAUAGAUCACCCAUAUUAAUUCCCCCUUAAAUUCAUCAAUUUACUAACACACAAAUCAGGCAUGUUGAUGUUAGUAAAUUGUUCCAAUUGUCGUACCCCAUUACAACUACCACCAGGUGCACGAUCCAUUCGUUGUGCGAUUUGUCAGGCAGUUACACAAUUAGCCGACCCACGCGCCGUUCCUCCACCACAACCUAAUCAAUACCCACCACCUGCUUCCUCCGCCGCAGCACCUCCUCCUCCUUCGCCGUACAGCCACGCGCCACCUGGCCCACCACCCAAUGCACAUGGAAGAAAGAAAGCUGUGAUUGUUGGGAUAUCGUAUAAGUAUUCUAGACAUGAGCUGAAAGGGUGUAUUAAUGAUGCUAAAUGUAUGAAAUAUAUGUUGAUCAACAAGUUCCAUUUUCCUGAAGCAUCCAUUCUUAUGCUCACUGAAGAGGAAACCGACCCAUAUAGAACUCCAACUAAACAGAACAUGCGUAUGGCAUUAUAUUGGCUUGUACAGGGAUGCCAACCGGGAGACUCACUAUUCUUACAUUAUUCUGGUCAUGGCUCAAGACAAAGGAAUUACAAUGGAGAUGAAGUGGAUGGAUAUGACGAGACUUUAUGCCCCCUUGAUUUUGAAACUCAGGGUAUGAUUGUUGAUGAUGAGGUUAAUGCGACAAUUGUCAGGCCUCUUCCUCACGGAGUAAAACUUCAUGCCAUAAUUGAUGCUUGCCACAGUGGAACUGUUUUAGAUCUUCCAUUCCUUUGUAGAAUGAGCAGGAGCGGACAAUAUGUAUGGGAGGACCAUCGUCCCCGCUCUGGUGUCUGGAAAGGAACUAAUGGCGGUGAAGUUUUCUCUUUUAGCGGUUGUGAUGAUGAUCAAACUUCCGCUGAUACAUCUGCUCUUUCAAAAAUAACUUCAACUGGUGCUAUGACUUUCUGUUUCAUUCAAGCUAUUGAGCGCGGUCAUGGAGCCACAUACGGAAGUAUAUUGACCGCAAUGCGAACUGCCAUUCGACAAGCUGGUGGAAGUUCAGGGGGUGACUUUGGUGGCGGUGCUGUCACAUCUCUCAUUUCCAUGCUUCUGACAGGUGGUAGUGUCGGUGGUUUGGGUGGAGGAUUUAGUCAGGAGCCCCAGUUAACAGCUUGCCAACCAUUCGAUGUGUAUGCAAAGCCAUUUUCGCUGUGAAACUCCUUCUGCCCUCCCCCCUUCUUGGUGUGUUUGGAUUUGGCUUGUUUGUAAAGAUAGAAAUUUUAUCGGCUUCUAUAAUAUGCUGCUUAUGCAUGAGAAUGAGGAUACAUUUCUGAUGGAAAGCUUAAUAGUGUUAUUAUCAUUGUCGAUGUAGCUGGCCCUUAAUUGUUGCAGUGUCUACAGAUUAACUGAAUUUGGUUAAGUCCCUUUGUUUAAUAAAUUUGCUGAGAUGUUUACCCUUUA